UUGGGCUCUAGGCAGUCAGGGAACUUGUGGACCUCCCUGCUGCGGUCUCUAAGGGAGGAACGCUGCCAGUGGCGGGUCGUGGGGGCUGACCGCCACUGCGCCCUUCGCAGGAGCGGCUGCUUCGUUUACAGACAACAACUUUAAAGUGUGAAGCAGAAAAGGAGCUGUUUCUGAGCUGCAAAACUUGUUUCUAAAUAGGAAAUUAAUUGUUAAAGCCAAUAUGGCCACAGGAGGAGGUCCUUUUGAAGAAGGAAUGAAUGAUCAGGAUUUACCGAACUGGAGCAAUGAAAGUGUUGAUGACCGACUCAACAAUAUGGAUUGGGGUGGCCAGCAGAAGAAGGCAAAUAGAUCAUCAGAAAAGAAUAAGAAAAAGUUUGGUGUAGAAAGCGAUAAAAGGGUAACUAAUGAGAUUUCUCCGGAGUCAUCACCAGGAGUUGGAAGGCGAAGAACAAAGACUCCACAUACAUUUCCACAUAGUAGAUAUAUGACUCAGAUGUCUGUUCCAGAGCAGGCAGAAUUAGAGAAACUUAAACAACGGAUAAACUUCAGUGACUUAGAUCAGAGAAGCAUUGGAAGUGAUUCUCAAGGUAGAGCCACUGCAGCUAACAACAAACGGCAGCUUAGUGAAAACCGAAAGCCCUUCAACUUUUUGCCUAUGCAGAUUAACACUAACAAGAGCAAAGAUGUGGCUGCAAGUCUUCAAAAAAGAGAAGUGAUUGGAUCAACACAGUGUAAAGAAUUGUUUGCUACUGCUUUAAGUAAUGACCUUUUGCAAAACUGUCAAGUCUCUGAAGAAGAUGGUAGAGGAGAGCCUGCAAUGGAGAGCAGCCAGAUUGUAAGUAGACUUGUUCAAAUUCGUGACUAUAUUACUAAAGCUAGCUCCAUGCGAGAAGAUCUUGUGGAGAAAAAUGAAAGAUCUGCUAAUGUUGAACGCCUUACUCAUCUAAUAGAUCACCUUAAAGAACAAGAAAAGUCGUACAUGAAAUUUCUCCAAAAAAUUCUUGCUAGAGAAAAUGAGGAGGAGGAUGUUCGGACUAUAGACUCAGCUGUGGGAUCUGGUUCUGUAGCUGAGAGCACAUCGCUAAACAUAGAUGUGCAGUCUGAGGCUUCAGAUACCACGGCCAGAGAUCCUGAACAGGAGCCUAUGGAAGAGAUAGAAAAUUUGAAGAAACAGCAUGAUUUAUUAAAAAGGAUGUUACAACAGCAGGAGCAACUGCGAGCUCUGCAGGGACGACAAGCUGCUCUUCUAGCUCUGCAGCAUAAAGCAGAGCAAGCUAUUGCUGUGAUGGAUGAUUCUGUUGGAGAAACUACAGGUAGCUUAUCUGGAGUCAGUAUAACAUCUGAACUAAAUGAAGAAUUAAAUGAUUUAAUUCAGCGUUUUCAUAAUCAGCUUCGUGAUUCUCAGCCUCCAGCUGUUCCAGACAAUAGAAGACAGGCAGAAAGUCUUUCUUUAACUAGGGAGGUUUCCCAGAGCAGGAAUCCAUCAAUUUCAGAUCAUUUGCCUGAUGAGAAAGUUCAACUUUUUAGCAAAAUGAGAGUGCUGCAGGAAAAGAAACAAAAAAUGGACAAGUUACUUGGAGAACUUCAUACACUUCGAGAUCAGCAUCUGAACAAUUCAUCAUUUGUGCCUUCUUCAGCCUCUCCACAGAGAAGUGGAGAUCAGAGAAGUACAGUUUCAGCCCCCUCUGUUCCUGUAGGCUUGGUACCAGUUGUCAAUGGAGAGUCCAACAGCAGCCUUGUAUCAUCUGUUUCUUAUCCUGCCGCUUCUCUAGGUCCUCAGAAUGAGAAUGAAAAUGAAGGCCAUCUGAACCCAACUGAAAAACUACAGAAGUUAAAUGAAGUUCGAAAGAGAUUGAAUGAAUUAAGAGAAUUAGUCCAUUAUUAUGAACAAACAUCAGAUAUGAUGACAGAUGCUGUAAAUGAAAACACAAAAGAUGAAGAAACUGAAGAGUCAGAAUACGAUUCUGAGCAUGAAAAUUCUGAACCUGUUACUAACAUUCGAAAUCCACAAGUAGCUGCUACCUGGAAUGAAGUAAAUAGUAAUAGUAAUACACAGUGUGUUUCUAAUAAUAGAGAUGGGAGAUCAGUGAAUUCUAAUUGUGAAAUUAACAACAGAUCUGCUGCCAACAUUAGAGCUCUAAACAUGCCUCCUUUAGAUUGUCGAUACAAUAGAGAAGGAGAACAGGGAAUGCAUGUAACUCAAGGUGAAGAUGAUGAGGAAGAGGAGGAAGAAGCAGAAGAGGAGGGGGUCAGUGGAGCUUCAUUGUCUAGUCAUAGAAGCAGUCUGGUUGAUGAGGCUCCAGAAGAUGCAGAAUUUGAACAGAAGAUUAAUAGACUUAUGGCUGCAAAACAGAAACUUAGACAGCUACAAGAUCUUGUUGCUAUGGUGCAGGAUGAUGAUGCAGCUCAAGGGGUUACUUCUGCCAAUACAUCAAAUUUGGAUGACUUCUACCCAGCAGAAGAAGACACUAAACAAAAUUCAAAUAAUACUAGAGGAAAUGCUAACAAAACACAGAAAGAUACUGGUGGAAACGAAAAGGCAAGAGAGAAAUUUUAUGAGGCUAAACUACAGCAACAACAGCGAGAGCUAAAACAAUUGCAGGAAGAAAGAAAGAAACUGAUUGAGAUUCAAGAGAAAAUUCAAGCUUUGCAAAAGGCAUGUCCUGACCUGCAGCUGUCAGCCACUACUGUGGGUAAUUGUCCCACAAAAAAAUACAUACCAGCUGUUACUUCAACCCCAACCACUAAUGAAAAUGAGACCAAUACAAGCAAAUCUGUUUUUGAACCUGAAGAUUCUUCAGUAGUAGAUAAUGAGUUGUGGUCAGACAUGCGAAGACAUGAAAUAUUAAGGGAAGAGCUUCGACAGAGAAGAAAGCAGCUUGAAGCUCUAAUGGCUGAACAUCAGAGGAGACAAGGUCUAGCUGAAACUACGUCUCCAUUGGCCGUGUCAUUGAGAAGUGAUGGAUCUGAGAACCUGUGUACUCCUCAACAAAGUAGAACAGAAAAAACAAUGGCAACUUGGGGAGGUUCUACUCAGUGUGCCUUAGAUGAAGAAGGAGAUGAAGAUGGUUACCUUUCUGAAGGAAUUGUUCGGACAGAUGAAGAAGAGGAAGAAGAGCAAGAUGCCAGUUCUAAUGAUAAUUUUUCUAUGUAUCCUCCUAAUAGUGUGAAUCACAAUUCCUAUAAUGCAAAGGAAUCUAAAAAUAGGUGGAAGAACAAUCGCCCUUUUUCGGCAGAUGGAAAUUAUCGCCCAUUAGCCAAGACAAGACAACAACAGAAUAUCAGCAUGCAACGGCAAGAAAACCUUCGGUGGGUAUCAGAGCUCUCUUAUGUAGAAGAGAAAGAACAAUGGCAAGAACAAAUUAACCAGCUUAAGAAACAACUUGACUUCAGUGUCAAUAUUUGUCAGACUUUGAUGCAAGACCAGCAGACUCUGUCUUGUCUGCUGCAAACUCUUCUCACAGGUCCUUACAGUGUUAUGCCAAGCAAUGUUGCAUCUCCUCAGGUACACCUCAUAAUGCACCAGUUGAACCAGUGCUACACACAGCUAACAUGGCAACAGAAUAAUGUUCAGAGGUUGAAACAAAUGCUGAAUGAACUUAUGCGCCAACAAAAUCAGCAUCCAGAAAAAUCUGGAAGCAAGGAAAGAGGAAGUAGUGCGUCACACCCUUCAUCUCCCAGUUUAUUUUGUCCUUUCAGCUUUCCAACACAACCUGUAAAUCUAUUUAAUCUGCCUGGAUUUACUAAUUUUCCAUCAUUUGCACCAGGUAUGAAUUUCAGCCCUUUAUUUCCUUCUAAUUUUGGAGAUUUGUCUCAGAAUAUUUCUACAUCCACUGAACAGCAGCAACCUUUAGCCCAGAAUUCUUCAGGGAAAACAGAAUAUAUGGCUUUCCCAAAACCUUUUGAAAGCAGUUCCUCUAUUGGAGCAGAAAAGCAGAGGAAUCAGAAACAGCCUGAAGAGGAGGUAGAAAACAUUAGGACGCCAUGGUCGUAUGACCAAGAAGGAGAAAUAGGAAAACCAUUUAUCAAGACUGGAUUUGCAGUGUCUGUAGAGAAAACUACAAAUAGUAACCGCAAAAAUCACUUAGAUACAAGCAGGAGAAGACGCCAGUUUGAUGAAGAAUCAUUAGAAAGCUUUAGCAGUAUGCCUGACCCAGUAGAUCCAACAACAGUAACUAAAACAUUUAAGACAAGAAAAGCAUCUGCACAAGCCAGCCUGGCAUCUAAAGACAAAACACCCAAAUCGAAGAGUAAAAAGAGGAAUUCUACUCAGUUGAAAAGCAGAGUUAAAAAUAUUGGAUAUGAAAGUGCCAGUAUGUCUAGCACAUGUGAACCUUGCAAAAGUAGGAACAGACAUUCAGCUCAGACUGAAGAGCCUGUUCAAGCAAAAGUAUUCAGCAGAAAGAAUCAUGAACAGCUGGAAAAAAUAAUAAAAUAUAAUAGGUCUACAGAAAUAUCUUCAGCACAUGCUAGGAGAAUACUACUACAGCAAUCUAACAGAAAUGCAUGCAAUGAAGCGCCAGAAACUGGGAGUGAUUGUUCUAUGUUUGAAGCUUUGCGGGAUACUAUUUAUUCUGAAGUGGCUACUUUAAUAUCUCAAAAUGAAUCUCGCCCACAUUUUCUUAUUGAACUCUUCCAUGAGCUUCAACUACUUAAUACAGACUACUUAAGGCAGAGGGCUUUAUAUGCAUUGCAGGAUAUAGUAUCGAGACAUAUUUCUGAAAACCAUGAAAAAGAAGGGGAAAAUGUAAAGUCAGUGAACUCUGGUACUUGGAUAGCUUCAAACUCAGAGCUUACUCCCAGUGAAAGCCUUGCUACUACUGAUGAUGAAACUUUUGAGAAGAACUUUGAAAGAGAAACACAUAAAAUAAGUGAACAAAAUGAUGCUGAUAAUGUUAGUGUCAUGUCUGUAUCUUCAAAUUUUGAACCUUUUGCAACAGAUGAUCUUGGUAACACAGUGAUUCACUUAGAUCAGGCAUUAGCCAGAAUGAGAGAAUAUGAGCGUAUGAAGACUGAGGCCGAAAGUAACUCAAAUAUGAGAUGCACCUGCAGAGUUAUUGAGGAUGCAGAUGCUGCUUCCGCCACCACUGUAAUUAAUAAUUCAGAAGAGACUCCCAUUAUUGAAAAUCAUAGUUCACAACAACCUGUAAGUGAAGUUUCUAGCAUCCCGUGUCCUAGAAUUGAUACUCAGCAGCUGGAUCGACAGAUCAAAGCAAUUAUGAAAGAAGUCAUUCCUUUUUUGAAGGAGCACAUGGAUGAAAUAUGCUCUUCUCAGCUUCUUACUUCAGUAAGACGCAUGGUAUUGACCCUUACCCAGCAAAAUGAUGAGAGCAAGGAGUUUGUGAAGUUCUUUCAUAAGCAACUUGGAAGUAUAUUACAAGAUUCAUUGGCAAAAUUUGCGGGCAGAAAACUGAAGGACUGUGGAGAAGACCUUCUUGUGGAGAUAUCUGAAGUGUUGUUUAAUGAAUUGGCUUUCUUUAAACUCAUGCAAGAUUUGGAUAAUAAUAGUAUAACUGUUAAACAGAGAUGCAAAAGGAAAAUAGAAGCAGCUGGAGUGAUACAUUCUUAUGCCAAAGAGGCCAAAAGGAUUCUUGAAGGAGAUCAUGGCUCACCUGCUGGAGAGAUUGAUGAUGAAGACAAAGACAAGGAUGAGACUGAAACAGUUAAGCAGAUUCAGACACCUGAGGUAUAUGGUGCCGAAGGUCCCAAAAAUGUAAGAUCUGAUGUUUCUGAUCAAGAGGAAGAUGAAGAAAGUGAAGGAUGUCCAGUAUCUAUUAAUUUAUCUAAAGCGGAAACUCAAGCUUUAACUAAUUAUGGAAGUGGAGAAGAUGAGAAUGAGGAUGAAGAAAUAGAAGAAUUUGAAGAGAGCCCUGUAGAUGUCCAGACUUCACUUCAGGCUAACACUGAAACUAAUGAAGAAAUUGAACAGGACAGUCAGGUUCAACAACAUGACCUUGAAGAAACAGCUGAAAGCACAAAUGUUUCAUCAGAACAAGAACCCACUAGUAAAGAUGACCAAGAUAGCUCUCCUGUGAAACCUUGUUACCUCAAUAUCUUGGAAAAUGAACAACCUUUAAAUAGUGCUGCCCAUAAGGACUCGCUUACCACUAUUGAUUCAUCUAAACAACCUAACCCAUUGCCAUUACCUUUAACUGAAAUUGAAACCUUAGUGCCUAGAGUCAAAGAAGUUAAAUCUGCUCAGGAAACUCCUGAAAGCUCUCUCGCUGGAAGUCCUGAUACUGAAUCUCCAGUGUUAGUGAAUGACUAUGAAGCAGAAUCUGGUAACAUAAGUCAAAAGUCUGAUGAAGAAGAUUUUGUGAAAGUUGAGGAUUUACCACUUAAACUGACAAUAUAUUCAGAGGCAGAUCUAAGGAAGAAAAUGGUAGAAGAAGAACAGAAGAAUCAUUUAUCUGGUGAAAUAUGUGAAAUGCAGACUGAAGAAUUAGUUGGAAAUUCUCAGACACUAAAAGAACCUGAAAUAGUGGGAGCCCAGAGUGUAUGAGAUGUCUUCAGAGACUCAUCUAACUCUGUUUAUAAAGUCAUCGCAUAUAUGAAAAUGACCCUAAAUAAACAUUGUUAUGAUCUGUAUAAAAUGUAAA